GUUAAAAAUCUCUGUUUGUGGUGAACAUUUGGACUACCAAUUAGUGUCUCUGUAGCCAGAAGUGAUCCGAUUAGGAUCCAGGAUGGCCAGGAUUAAUAUCUCCGUCAUUUCAUAUUCCAUACCUCCGUGGAAAGGAUAGCGAUCUCACUCAUAGUUUGACCCUUGUUGAAGACGGAGCUCCCCCUCAAGUUUCCACGAUGAAGGACUACAUUUUGCCUCAAAAACUUGUGCCUGGACAAGAGCUUGCCUCAAUCGGCGACAGAAGUAGGAGUGUGUUCCUGAUUCAAUGUCGGGAUGGUUGGGUGGAUAAAGGAAUGGAUCUCAUGCUUCCCCAUAAGAACAUGCAGUCCGAUAAUGGUCCUGAGUGUUCCUUGAAGAACGAUUCUCAUGGAUCCACCAACAAAAGUCGGAAACCUUGCCAUUUGAUGUUUGAACAAAACCCUUUAAGAAUCAUAAGAUCCUUAGGGUCGUUCAUGGAGGACGAGGACGGUCAACAGCUUUUGGAUUGCGUUUCUGGCGUCUGUCAAGUUGGUCAUUGUCACCCAAUGGUUUUGGAGGCAGCACAAAGAGCAAGUGCUCUAGCCCACAUUUCGACGGACUCAAACGCUCAUGUGAUCUCCAGUGUGGAUAUCAUUGUCAAGGAUAAUUAUCACUACAUACCUAGACUAUUGGCUACACUCCCAAAAAAUCUCAAUGUUGGUCUGGUUCUCCACUCAGGAUCUGAGGCUAAUGACUUGGCACUUCAGUUGUCAAAAGAGUUCACUGGCAACCAUGACGUUAUUGUCUUUGAAAGCUCUUUUCAUGGGUGUUUGGGAACAGUCAGUGCAAUCAGUCCCAAAACUUACAACAAUGACUUCAAUCCAAGAGAUUGGGUCACAAUUAUUCCAGUUCCUGAUUUGUUCCGAGGCCAAUUCAGAUCAUCAGACCCUGAAGCUCUGGAAAAAUAUUUUGAGCAAACUAAGGAAAUCAUUCAAACCAAGCUGAAUGAAAAUAGAAAGUUUGCUUGCUUGAUCACGGAGCCCAUCUUCACUUUCCAUUCUCUGACCAUACCAGAGAAAUCCUACAUGCAACGUGUUGUCAGUUACAUUCGCUCUUUGGGGGCCCUGAUUAUCAUGGAUGAGGUGCAGACCGGCCUUGGCCGCUUGGGGCAGAACCUUUGGGGAUUUCAGAACUACGAGAUCGUUCCAGACAUCUUGGUGGCCGGAAAGCCUCUUGGAAAUGGAUAUCCCCUGGCUGUUCUGGCCACCUCGACAGAGAUCUCCCGGAGCUUAAAAGAUUGUCACAAAUACUCUAGAUCUCAGUUCGUUCCAAGUCCAAUGCAGUCGGCCAUUGGUUGCGCAGUUUUGGACGUAGUUUGCCAAGAGAAUCUGGUGGCCAAUGCAGAUGAAGUGGGUUUAUUCAUCAGGAAUUCUGUUUGCGGUCUUAUGACAUCGCAUACGACGAUUGGAGAUGUUCGAGGCUCUGGAUUAUUGGUGGGGAUUGAGCUGGUGCAAGAUAUGAAGACCUUAAAACCUGCACCCAAACUCGCGGAGAGCGUCUUGUACAGACUGAGACAAGAAGGGAUCACUGUGGCUGUGGAAGGUAUUAACAACAAUGUCUUAAUUCUGAUUCCACCUUUGAACUUUUCAAAACAAGAGGCAGGCCGUUUCCUUCAAGUAUUUGAUCAAAUUGUUACUGAACUAGAGAAGCAGAUGAUCUGUCAAGUCUCAUGGGGAAACGAGCUCCAACGUAUUGGUCUGAAAUUGGAUGAGAGUGACCAGUCUUUCCUUAAAUGGCGCUCCAAGGACGAGCAAUCUGGAAAUCUAUCUGGCGAUUCUGGACAAGGCUCAAGCAUUUCGUCUUAUAUGCGCGGAAUGUCCUGCAUAUCCUUUUACGGACCUGGAUCCCCCAAAGACAGUGACUCUGACUCCGGAUCGUCUGGAUUGACGGCCUACAACGAUCUUGAUUAAUGUUUCACGUUAUCAAAAACUUGCCCUUGAUGUUAUGUUCUGACUCAUGAACCAAUGUGAUUAAUUUGUAUGGAUUCAUGGUGUGUCAUAAACGUUCAUUACAAAUACCAGAUAACCUUUGUUUGGCAAUGGUAAUGGUUUUACGGUUAUUUUGAUACUUAUCAUACUUUUCUUGUAUUUUGUUAAUGUGAUACCUCCUGAGGCUCUUGAAGCUCCAAAUCCAUUUGAAAGUAAUUGACCUUAGAUUAGAAGGUUGUGCUAAUCGGCUGAUGCAAAUUAGUCCUUUCGAAUAAAAAAUACCGAAUCUGGUCAAAAGUGAUGACAAUUGUUUAAAAUUGGCCAUUGUAUGGAUGUAUUCACAUUCCUCAAAUCUUACUAUCAAAUUGGAUGGAAAUUUGCAAUAGUGCAAUAUAUUUCCGAAACCUCUAAUUUCGAGAAUACUUGAUAUUUCACUGGCUUUUCAAUUCUAUUGGUCACCUUGAGUUUUCUCGUUUUUUGUAGUUCGGGUGCUAACGUGAAUCAUUACUGAUGUGGUCAACCUGCAUGCGUCACAAACAUUCAAACCAGUACCGCCGAUUUUGAUCCCGGUUUACCAUUUUGUAUAAUGUAUAUACAUCAGAUUUUAUUUCAUAGUUACUUUUACGCCAUGACAUGACCAAGAGUCGCAAUAAAGAUUAUUAUUAUUGUU